UUUUUUUUUUUUUUUUAAGAGUUCACUAUGUAGACCAGACUGGCCUUGAACUCAGAGAUCUGCAUGUCUGUCUUCCACGUACUGGGAUGAAAAGAUGUGCACAGCCAUGCCCUCCCCCCUUUUCGCUAGAACUUAGAUCAUUAUUUGUGUGUGUGUGUGUGUGUGUGUGUGUGUGUGUGUGCGCGCGCGCGCGCGCACAUAUCCAUGAGUGUAUGUUUAAAACACAUGUAGAGGGCAAAGGUCAACCUGUGGGAGAGACUUGGUCUCUCCUUGCAUCUUAUGGAUCCUGGAGAUGCACUCAGAUGCCCGGAUUUAAAUGCAAGCACUUUACUGGCUAAGCCAUCUGGCUGGCCCAUGAAGCAAAGAUUCUGGAUGUGUAUGGGAGGGCUAUGUCCUUUGAGGGAGGGUGGCAGACUUCCAAAUUCACUCAGCAGUUUUCAUCCUGUCAGAGGACUUUCUUAGAAUCGUGUGAACUUCAUUCAGAACUCAGGCUUUAAAACUCCCAAAUUAAGAGGGAAAAGGAACCGAGAUGAGCGGAGGGGGCGGGGGUGUUUCCUGGCUUUACCUUUCCGUGCUAGCCUUCCAUUGGGGACCUCAUUGUGAAAGAAACCUCUAUGAGGCUCUGCCCUGCCAGCUAGUCUACCCCACCCCAACUCUCGCGGAAGGCCUGGGAGAGGCACGUGCCUAGCAGGCCACGCCCACCUCCCAGCGGGAACCGCCCCCAGCAGUCCGGCGCGUGGAGACAGGAGCUCGAGGGGACCCGACCCAGAUUGGGCGUCGCGGGGUGCAACAUGCGGACCGUGUGGCCGCCUCUGGCCGCCGCGCUGGCCGCUCUGGGGAUGUCAUCCUACAAGCGGGCCACGCUGGACGAAGAGGAUCUGGUGGACUCACUCUCCGAGGGCGAUGUGUACCCCAAUGGCCUACAGGUGAACUUCCGCAGCCCCCGGAGCGGACAGAGGUGCUGGGCAGCUCGGACCUCGGUGGAGAAGCGGCUGGUGGUUCUGGUGACGCUUCUGGCAGCAGGGCUGGUGGCCUGCCUGGCAGCCCUAGGCAUCCAGUACCGGACAAGAACGCCUCCGGUAUGUCUGACUGAGGCCUGUGUCUCAGUGACCAGCUCCAUCCUAAACUCCAUGGACCCCACGGUAGACCCCUGCCAGGACUUCUUCAGCUACGCCUGUGGUGGCUGGAUCAAGGCCAACCCCGUUCCCGACGGUCACUCACGCUGGGGGACCUUCAGCAACCUCUGGGAGCACAACCAAGCCAUCAUUAAGCAUCUGCUGGAAAAUUCCACGGCCAGCGCGAGCGAGGCAGAGAAAAAGGCGCAAGUGUACUACCGUGCGUGUAUGAACGAAACUAGGAUCGAGGAGCUUCGGGCCAAGCCCCUGAUGGAGCUGAUUGAGAAGCUCGGAGGUUGGAAUAUCACAGGACCCUGGGCCAAGGACAACUUCCAGGACACGCUGCAGGUGGUCACAGCGCACUACCGCACCUCACCCUUCUUCUCUGUCUAUGUCAGUGCCGACUCCAAGAACUCCAACAGCAAUGUGAUCCAGGUGGACCAGUCCGGCCUUGGCUUGCCCUCCAGAGACUAUUACCUGAACAAGACGGAAAAUGAAAAGGUACUGACUGGCUAUCUGAACUACAUGGUCCAGCUGGGGAAACUGCUGGGUGGUGGGGACGAGGACUCCAUCCGGCCCCAGAUGCAGCAGAUCCUGGAUUUUGAGACCGCUCUGGCCAACAUCACCAUCCCCCAGGAGAAGCGCCGGGAUGAAGAGCUCAUCUACCACAAAGUCACGGCUGCUGAGCUGCAGACCUUGGCACCCGCCAUCAACUGGUUACCCUUUCUGAAUGCCAUUUUUUACCCAGUGGAGAUCAAUGAGUCUGAGCCCAUCGUGGUCUACGACAAGGAAUACCUCAGACAAGUCUCCACACUCAUCAACAGCACCGACAAAUGCCUGCUCAACAACUACAUGAUGUGGAACCUGGUACGGAAAACAAGCUCCUUUCUCGACCAGCGCUUUCAGGAUGCCGAUGAGAAGUUCAUGGAGGUUAUGUACGGGACAAAGAAGACCUGUCUUCCCCGCUGGAAGUUUUGCGUGAGUGACACAGAAAACAACCUGGGCUUUGCCCUGGGCCCCAUGUUUGUGAAAGCAACCUUUGCGGAGGACAGCAAGAACAUAGCCAGCGAGAUCAUCCUGGAGAUCAAGAAGGCAUUCGAGGAGAGCCUGAGCACCCUGAAAUGGAUGGAUGAAGAUACUCGGAGGUCAGCCAAGGAGAAGGCGGACGCCAUCUACAACAUGAUAGGCUACCCCAACUUCAUCAUGGACCCCAAGGAGCUGGACAAAGUGUUCAAUGACUACACAGCAGUUCCCGAUCUCUACUUUGAGAACGCCAUGCGAUUUUUCAACUUCUCAUGGAGGGUCACAGCCGACCAGCUCAGGAAAGCCCCCAACAGAGAUCAGUGGAGUAUGACCCCGCCCAUGGUGAACGCCUACUACUCGCCCACCAAGAACGAGAUUGUGUUUCCAGCUGGAAUCCUGCAGGCGCCAUUUUAUACCCGCUCUUCGCCCAACGCCUUGAACUUUGGUGGUAUCGGGGUCGUUGUGGGCCACGAGCUGACUCAUGCUUUCGACGAUCAAGGCCGGGAGUAUGACAAGGAUGGGAACCUCCGGCCCUGGUGGAAGAACUCGUCGGUGGAGGCAUUCAAGCAGCAGACCGAGUGCAUGGUACAGCAGUAUAACAACUACAGUGUGAACGGAGAGCCCGUGAAUGGGCGGCACACCCUCGGGGAGAACAUCGCGGACAACGGGGGACUCAAGGCAGCCUACCGGGCGUACCAGAACUGGGUAAAGAAGAACGGAGCUGAGCAGAUACUGCCCACCCUGGGUCUCACCAGCAACCAGCUCUUCUUCCUGGGAUUCGCACAGGUCUGGUGCUCGGUCCGCACACCAGAGAGCUCCCACGAAGGCCUCAUCACCGAUCCGCACAGCCCCUCCCGCUUCCGGGUCAUCGGCUCACUCUCCAACUCCAAGGAGUUCUCAGAACACUUCCGCUGCCCGCUCGGCUCCCCCAUGAACCCUCGCCACAAAUGCGAAGUCUGGUAAGGGCUGAAGCGCAGAGAACACAGGUGGAAGAAGGGAAGGGGCCUGCAGCCAGCUCCCGGGAACAGGGCCGCGCUGUCACCCUCCUUCCAGCCCCUCGGCCGAGGGCCCCUUCCCCACCCUGGAGGGUAUGCAGCCAUCUUGUCUAAGCCUAUGCCAGAGGCUCAGCACUGGAAGCCAACAUUUGACCCCCUUCGAAGCUCCAGCAUCCCAGACACCCUUGAGUGAUGCUAUACCGGGCCUUUGGGUGUGUCAAGCUGGUGGCUUGCCAGCCCUGGGCCUCACACUGACAAUGGCAGUGGGACAGGACCCUUUGCCACGUCCAAUGCCAGAUAUACCACAAUACCACUGUGUCAAAUGCUUUAAAGAUAUAUUUUUUGGGGAGACUAUUUUUUAAGCAUUAUGGAAUACACUGGAAAUCUUCAGGGAAAAUGCAUUUAAAACACUUUUUUUUAAAAAAAGAUUAGUAUAUUUAUUAUGUUCUCUUUUUUUUUUCUAAACAACCUGCGGACAAAGGAAACCCCACUGAUUGACCCCAGGGGACCCCAGGCUGUUGAGCAGGCCACCAGUUUGAGCACUGCUUUAGCCCAUUGUUGGUGUAAUUGCUUGUGCAGUCAGGAGAUGUAGGGGCCAGGCAGAAGGGGUGGCCAGCUGAAGGGCCUGAUUUAUGGGCAUGGCCUUCUCUGUCCUGUCUCCGGAGUCCAACCAUGGGAACCCCAACAAGGACGGGCUGUUACCCAAGUUGAUCCCUAUGGCAGUACAAAGCCAGAGUAAUGGCCUCCGUACAACCGGGGGACCCCUGAACACUCUGGACAACAUCACAGGAGCCCGUCGGGGCUGAGACCCCACACCCCAUCAGAUGCACACUAUUGUCCAAAGAUGUCUUGUUUUGGUCCCACCUCUUCUGGCCUUGGGACCGGUUGCCUCUCUGUAGCAGUUCUGACAUCCUGAAGUGGUCGCCCUCUGUACCAGGGGAAAGGGGAAAGAGAAAGCAGUCCAGUUCUCCCUCCAAGCUCCGUAGCCUGUAGUUACCCUGGCUUGGCUCCUGGGACCCCUUCUCUAGUGCCUUACCCCAGGCCACAGCCCCUGAGCCCCUUUGAGGAGGCAGCAUUUGUCUUGCUUUCUCAGUGGAGCCCCCAAGUGUCCUGACUAGAAGCCAACACCAUAGCCCCACUCCCAGAAGCCCCAGGGUACCGUCCCAAACCCUACAGGACAGCCAUUCCACACAUUCCCCACCCCACCCCCCUCUGCAGCAGGCCAAGACUGGAAGGUUCCCAGCCCCAUCGGGCUCCAGGGAAUGGCAGGAUGUCAUCCACCCACAGCAUCACCUAACAGAUAUGUGGGCCUCCACUAAGUGGCGCUCACUGAGGUUUUCAUGACUGCUGUAGGGAGCAAGCUCUUGUGACCUGUGUGUGAGGAGCGCAGUAGAAGUGCCCAUCACAGCCCCUGGCAAGUCAUGCCCCCACAUAGCACAACACACACACACACUCACCUGGAAGCCAGAGUCCUCCUUGGCCAAGACGCAGAGACAGUGUAGUCUCGGUCCUGCUAGCGUAGCGAUAGUCUUAGCACUGGGAUGGGGAGCUGCAAGCCGGUGUCUGGCAAGGUUCUUGGUCCCUGUGAACACAUUCGAGGUCUCAGCUCUUCGGGGAAAAGUAACACAGGAAGCAGGAAGGUGCUGGAGCCACGCCCUGCCACACAGGGGGGACCUUCUGGGUGGGAUCAUCUGCCCUUUCUAUCCCCUCGCCCUGCUUCCCCACAGGUGGCCGUCCUGGAUGCCAGUAUCUAGAAGCAGGGUCCUGAGCUGGAGUUAGCCAUGCACGCAUUGCUCAGGGUGUGCAGGGAGCCAAGGCAGGAAAACCCAGGCUGGUUAGGGAUGGAUGGGUGCAAAAGCAGCAUCCCGACCCCUGUCCCUCCAGAGAUUUGAGAAGGGCAGAAUUAGGAAGGGCACCCGCCCUCAGAAAGAGCCCUCCUCUCAAGCCCGGAGUUUCCCUGCAGGCACAAGGACAUGGGGUUUGGAACUGGGGACUCUAUUUUUUUGUAUUAUUGUGUUUUGUGCUACUGUAGUUUUGGUGUGGCACCUAUUAUAAUUAAAAUAAAGUACUUAUACCAAGA